AGGGACGGGUCUGGUUGUUGUUUGAGUUGAACAGACGGCUGCAAGGAUUACCUUAGUGGCAAAGGUCAGCGGAGGUUCCAGACUGAACCCAUUAACUGCCUGUUGUUCCUGUCUGGGUCUGGUUCUGAGAGAAAGUCCAACCAGGUUCUUAACGUGGCGCUCAUGAAUCCAUAUGACGACUGGAGCUCGAUUCUAAAAUCUUUAAUAAAAGGCCCAGAAGAUCUUUUUGCUCUGAAACAUCUGAGGAGAUUUCAUUCAGCCAACAACAUGAAGACCUGAAGGCUGCAGCUCUGCAGGACCAGAACCUGACCCAACAAAACCUGGCUGUGUGAUGAAUGCUCCUGUUUGCUCUGUUGCAUCUCGUAGCGUCUCUAAAGCUACUAGACUAAUCCCAGCAGCUACUACUAAUCUCACUACUACUACAGCGCUGCAGCUGCUUCCUGGCAGCAGGGAAACCAUCAGAUUAAAACUGGUUUCUAAUCUGCUUCUGCACAGCAACUCGGAAAAGGACAAACUUCAGGAAGUCGGAGCUGCAGUCAGCUUUCAACUUUCCCCACUUCAUCACAUAAACAGGACAAGGAACCAACUGAGAACAGACCUCAGCGUUAAACUGGAAGUGGGACCAGUAUGAUAACUGUGUUGAGUGAAGUCCAGGGUUCUGUGACCUGGGUCGUCUCUGAACGAUGGUUCUGAUGGACCAGGUGGCUGAGACAUGGCGGUCCAAACAGAACAGGGUUCAUUGCUUUGCCUAAAAUCACUAUUUGUUGAGGAAAUUAAAGUUUUCUGUAAUUUCUCACAUUCAUCCAGAUCCAGCUGCACAUUUCUAUUGACUCUAUUGAAAACUGAGGCAAAGCAGAACAAUAAUUAACUUCUAAUUAAUUGAACGAAAAACCCAGAAACCUUGUUGAGGGAAGAGUUUUGGUGUUGCCUCCUGAAGUGAAGCAGCUGUUGCUGGCGUUGGCAGAGACCAGGAUGAAUAAUUGAAAAUGUUUCUGUCAGGUUUUAUUACCUGUCAGACGCAGAUUCCUGUUUACUCUGGAAACAAACAUUUGAUUCGUCUGCAGCUCUUCUUCUGUGACACUUUAAGCUCAAGUGGCAUCAGCUUUGGGACUUAUUGGAUUUGUUGCAAAAGCAUGAAAGUGCAUUGAAGUGAGGCUUUAAGUAUUCAUUAGUUCCUGCUGAGCCUGACGGCAGAGGAGGAACCCAGAGCGACCAGUAAGGGCUGCUGGGGAAGCCAUGAUGGAGCUGAGGCCGGUACUGGCCCAGCGGGGGACCGGAGGCCGUGACAGUUGCUCCCAGAAAGCCACUAACAGGAUGACGCCUGCCUGCAGGACCACGGGGUGAAGCAGGAUUACGUCUGAGCAGCAGAUAAACUGAUUAUUCCAGAACCACCGGCCACUAGUUUAACCUCAUCACUCCUGCCACACGUCCGGCUCUGAGAGCGGAACGCCGCUCUGCUCCUGGAUUCACCUGCUGGCUCUUCACCCGCGCUCCGACUGGUCUCUCUCCACGCCCGGCGAACGCCUCCCAUGAACUUCCUCUGAUCGAGAUCGCUGCGUCGUUUCUGGUCACGUUUCAGAGGCUCAUCGGCGCCACCAUGCUUCAGGCUGCUGGACUCCUGCUGCUGCUGGCCAUCACGUCACCAGCAGCUGAAAUCAGAGGCGGCGGCGCGGCGGCACAUAGCGAGGAGUCUGGAGGAUCGCUGCGUCUGGCCGACCUGCUGAAAUCAUCCAGCAAACCUUCAGCCUGGGAGCCGAGCCAGCACCGAUCCCGGCGGUCGGUGUUUCUGCAGCCUGGAGUGAGAAUCUGCUCCCAGGAGAGCGUCGACGAAGUUCUGGCCAGCCACCAGGUCUACUACCAACUCAGAGUUUGCCAGGAGGCCGUGUGGGAAGCUUUCCGGAUCUUCCUGGACAGAAUUCCCGGGACGUGGGAAUACCAGGCGUGGGUCCGCAGCUGCCAGCAGGAGGCGCUCUGCAUCUCUGACAUCGCCAGGAACUUCAGCAGCUCCGAGGAGCACAUCAGCCUGAUCCACAGGAGGAUGAAGAACCGCAGAGAGAGACGACCAGAGACACGUGCGGUGACUCCGGCAGCAGAGCAGAAGAUCCCAGAACUCCCAGGUUCUGAAGCUCCGUCCAGCACAUCUUCAUCGCCUCCACCUGCCGGCAUCAUCAUCACCUCUGCUGCCCCGCCCACUCCAGCCACAGACCGCACCGGACCGGCUUUACCUGACCAAGAGGUACCAAAUGGACCCGGUGGUACCGUCCGGACGGACCCGGAGCUGCCCAACCUGGUUCCCGAGGGCCCCGAGGUCCACCUGGUGCAGUUCAGCGUCAGCCUGCUGGACCCGGGCUACCGGCAGCUGCUGGGCGAGCCGGACUCACCGGAGUACCUGGACCUGGCCACGCACCUGCAGGACCAGGUGUUUCCAGGUCUCUCCAGGUGUUUCCAGGUGUCUCAGUGA